UUUUUUUCAUCUUACAUCAAUUGUUUAUAAAUGAGUUUAUCAAAUUCUUAUAGUAUUAAAAGACGGAGUUGUGGAAGGUUUGUUUGUCGCAUUGGCUGUAUUUUAUAAAUUCGGGAAGAACGCUGUAAGGCACAUCAUAUAUGAACCAAUCUGGUGCCGUACUUUAGCGGUCUUUGUUAAUGAAUUUGUUGGCUUGGGCAUAGGUUAACUCUUGAUUAUUCAACAAUAAUCAUUUUGAUAGUUUAUUAAAAACAGUCAAACUUGCAGCAUGGACGUCGAUAAAAUUUCAGUCUUUACUGCAGUAGGCUUUGCAUUGGCAGUGGGAGUCUUCGUCCUUUGGGGUCCGUCGCCUAGGCCCAGGCGAAAAGGUCAAGUCGUUGGUAUAAAAAAUUUAGAAUACACGUGCUUUCUCAAUUCGCUACUUCAGUCGUUAGCAGCUUGUCCAGUAUUUAUAGAAUGGCUUUUUAAGAGACACGAUGAUAAAAAACCAGAAUCUUUUACAAAUAACUUAAUGAUGGUGAUAGAUAAAAUCAAUGGAUUUACCGACGAUGCGUUUGGAAGCGUAAGACCCAUCGAGGUAAUAACAUCGUUAGGACCACUUUGGAAUUUUGCUCCAGGCCAUCAGGAUGCUCAUGAAUUAUUUCAUGUUUUUCUAAGUGCUCUUCAAGCUGAAUUACAAACUUCAUGCAGGAAGGGUUGCUUAUCCGAUGCUUUGCCAAAAACGCCAAUGGUCAUCACAGAUAUAAAGGGAUCUGGCGACCCAGUAAAUUUGAGAAGCGUAUCUUGCAAUGAUAUUGUAUCGGUCAACGAAAAACGCGAUUUUCCCAAUGAAAAAAACAAACAAAAUAAAAAUCUUCCGAGUCAUAUAGUGUCCUACGCUCAAUCUAUCGCAAAUGUAUCUGCGACGGUGCCGGCCGUCAAGCCUGGUAUAAUUAUUGCAAGAUCCUCGGAGCUUCUUUCAAAAAUAAUUGGAGAUCAUGGCGCCGAAGGGGAUUCCUUAAGGCCAUGGAGUUCAUUAUGUACUAUUCCUUUACAAUCGAGUACAUCAACAUUGUCCAACAAAGUCCAUCCAUUUUCUGGUUUAUUAACGAGUCAGUUAAUAUGUACUGAGUGUAAAUGGAAGGGUUCCGUACAUUUUGAAAAAUUAGAAAGUGUUUCAUUGCCUCUACCACCGGCUAAUGAUGGGCUAAUAUGGAAAAGACUUACUCUCAUUGGGUUACUUUCUCGGUUGGUGUCGCGAGAAGUGAUUCACGAUGUGCAAUGUGAUGGAUGCAACAAUCGUUGCGCAGCAUUCAAAACUUUAACAUUUGGUAAAUUACCAAAGUGCCUGUGUCUCCAUAUACCAAGAACAACAUGGAGCCCUUCCGGUAUGCCAAUUAAAAGAGACGAUUCAGUGAUAUUUAACGAAUGUCUUAUAUUGGACCCAUUCACUUAUACAGAGACAAACAGAAAGAAUAGCCAAGGUAACAUACAUACAAUGCCAAUUCUAAGCAGACAGUCAUUACAGCAUGUCAAACAUAAAUAUUAUCUCUAUGCCGUUAUCGAACAUCAAGGCCCAGUUGACGCUGGUCAUUUUGUUUGCUAUAGACGGGGAAAUCGUCCAGGGCAAUGGCUAUACACUUCGGAUACAAUAGUUCAAAAAGUUGCUUUAGAGGAUGUCCUAAAUGCUAAUGACAAAAAUCAGCGCAUCGUAAUAAAUUUUCUUCGAUGUUAA